CACUUCACAAGACUUCAACAAGUCCAAGAGGAGUAACACACAAACCAUACGGACGCCUAAGAACGCAACCCAACGAUGGAUGAUGGUCCUUGGACAGAACAAGGGGCCUUUCCUCACCACCGUUUCCUUUCUUCGUUCUCUCUCAGCUCACAUUCAGUGCAUACAUGGAUUCUUCUUCUUUUCGGUGCUCAUCAUCAUCGUCCACGAGCUCGGACUAGAGAACCUACGUACUACGUAUCCACAUGCUACAGUCGAGCAUUUUUGGAUGUGCUUGUUCUUGGUCGGGUCCUCGAGAAGGGAAAGAGGCGUAUUGUCACCGGUUGGAUGGAUCGACAGACGAGCGAACGGAUCGAGGAGCCUGGUUUCCCGUGGAAACCGGUCGAAAACCAUUCAGUUGCCGGUGAGAAGCAAGAGGUGAAGGAGCCAUCGACCGAACAGACUUUGUGUACAUGUUCAGUGGUCUUUCUCGAUUGGGAAGCAAAAAUUGGUUUGAGAGUGGCUUAGCAGAUAAUCUGGUGCUUAAAUCCAAGAUUGGGCAAAUAAAGAGGAUCAUAAGAUUGGAGUGUUUAAAAGAGAAGUGGGAUUGAGUGCCCGUCAAUCUUUCGGGUGAGAGUGAAGAGGUCGUUGGGAGUGACACGCAGCAGUGAUGACGGUGUUGUCUUUGAUAUCGUGAGAAGAACUUGUCUUUGAACAGCAAGGUCAGAUACGGUGAUGUAAAACAUGUGGUGGUUGUGUUAAGUGCCAGCACUAUGAUCCAGAUGAUCGCCAAUACCGACGAUGUUGGGUCUUGGCGAAGGGAAGGUCACGAUCCGCCCCCGGAAUUUCUCAUUCCGCCGCCUCCCCUGCCAGAUUUUUUGGUGGACCAAAACUGUCAAUCACGGGGCGAAUCCUUCCAAGAUUCUCUGGAAACAUGUGAUAUUAACACGAUCUCCAACUUUGGGCUCUCCAGCGAUGGCCUCGGCCUGAAUUCGAUUCAUUCCAUCUCAUUAUUCCUCGUGGCUCUCUUUGGCGUGUUCACCUUGAGUGCAUGCAUCGCCAUGUUUGUGCUCUGGCGAAGAUACCACAAGGACUCUCGACUCCAUUAUUUGAGAGCCUCAGUGUCCGCUUCCUCGAGUUUCAAGCCCAGCCCAAUGCAUUCAGGACACACCCAUAAUGGCCAUGGCGUGGAGCAGCCACUCAUUUACGAUGAUGCAGCUAUCAAUUUCAUAUCUAGUAACAAUCUCGUCAACUCAGGGCCUGUCAACCGAGCGCCCAAUGUGGGCGUGGGUGGAAAUGCUCAAAACACAUACCACGUCCUGCCUAGAAAUCAGAUGUCCAUUGACAGUUUCCAAUCAUCUGCCAGAGGUGGGUUCUAUCCAGUGCCGUCGGAAAUGGAGACCGACACGGAUAGUCGGAUUUAUGAGGAAGUUCAACAAAAUCAAAAUGAUCCAUAUCCACCAAAUACAUCGACCUUAUUGAUGGCCACUCCGAAAUCGUCAGCUCGCUUUGGGCCCAUGAGGUCAGACGUGUCCCAGUCGCCCACCACUACCGGGAAAUACUCAUUUUCCAAUACGUUGGAGUUGUGCCACAUGGUGGAGUCGCCCUACUCGAAUGUCAUUGAUGAGCAAACCCAUCGCGCUUUUUCCAAUGGUUGUCCGGCACCGAGCAAUUUCGAUUAUUCGUCUGUCUACUAUCACCCGCAUCAAACCAAUCGAACGAGUAGCUCCACAGGGAUCUCGUCUUCUAAUUCAGAUCAAUCCUCCAACUUGAACCUCUUAAACCCUUUAAAGCCUUCGAUGGGCUCGUCUGGUGUGAGCGCGCCGCCCAGGACCCCCUUCAUCGUGCGUAAUGAGAGUGGGGCGCAUCUCUUGAACGGAUCUAAUCUUAAUAUGAAUCGCUCCCAAAACAAUGUCAGAAAUCACAUGGGUUUUCUCACUUCGCUUCUCCCUAAUCGCCUGGCCAAAAAAGGCAGACGGCAACGUCGGAGACGUGGCGGAACGGGGGAAGAAAUCGCACCCCCGGCCCCGACCCACCAAGUGUGGCCGAAUCAAUUCGCUACGGGUGAUUCCUCGUGGUUAAUGACAUCUCAGCCCUCCGUUCCAGUUGGAUCAUCAUCUUUAAUAGCAACAACUGGCAUGGGUGGAACUCUCCAUUUGGAUGCCAUUCACCAACAACAGCAGCUGCUGCAGCAGCAACAACAACAACCUCUGUUGCCCCUUGUGACUUCGAGACCGUCGACCCUUCACCAAAACAUCAGUUAUGGAGACAGAGGCAAUCCCCCACCAACAUCGACAGCAACAACGACAACCCCUGUGAAUUAUGGCCAGCCAAAUAUGGCGCCCAUGGCCAAUAAGUCCACUUUGGGCAGGAUGCCUAAUCCGGACGACAUCUUGCCUCAAGAGGCUUGGACGGACUUUACUGGUGCCGAGGAUUGGUCUGAAGCACUGACCAUGAAGCGAUCUCGUCUCAAGCGCAACAAGCAACGACCCGGCCCAACCAAGCCCCUAGGGAGCGUGGCCAAUUGUGAUAAUGUUAAUAAUAACCCUAAUUUGCGCCCGCAUUCCCUGGGAAGUCAGAUCACAUCUUCGGGAGGGGAUCCCGACCCGGACUUGGACGACGAUGAGGAGGAGGAAGAAGAGUCCUUUGAAAUGAGCUCUCCCAUGCUGGAGGCAAUCACCCCUCAGAACGGCAAUCUUCGGGCCUUUCAAAGCUCGACAUCGAAUUCAAAUUCAUCCUCUAACACAUCUGCCCAACGAUAAUGAAUGGCCCUUUUAGUGCAGUUUUUGUUUUUCUCUCUAUGUUAACCCACAACCCCUCCUUUGAAGCGUCUCGGCUUUGUUUGGUUUAUCUUCAAAUUUAAAUCGAUUUCAAUUACCAUAAUAGAGCAUUUCACUUUCCGCCCUCUCUACGUAAUUCUCAGAGAGAGACUGGAAAUUCGAAUCCAUAUCGCACCUGAAGAUCUUGUCUCAACACGUUCAAGGUUGUCCGCCGUAAUAAACCGUAAUCAAAGCGACACACCUACCCUUUCCAAUACUAGUAGUACACUACCAUGCAAUUAAAUUUCAUCCAAUCACACCUUCACCCAAGGCCUCUUCAAAUAAAGGCCUGCUCUAUUUACCCCCCCCCUUUGCCUCCCUCCCUUUUCAUACCCUUCCUUUCUUCAAGCAACCGCAAAGCCUUAUUUUUAUAACAUGUCUUUGUGCCCCAUUUCUCUCACUCCAAGAACACCACUCAUAAGUGUAUUCCCCUAUUCUAGUCAGACAUGAUUUGUUGUGAAUUGAAUGAACAUAUCAUUCCUAAACCAGAAGUAAUAAACGUUCCCGCACUGCA